AUGGAAAAAUUUAAAACAAUUAUUUGUGCGAUAUUUAUAUGUUCGCCGUGUUCUAUAUCAAUUUCUAAAGAAAAUGAUAUAAAAGUAAUAGUUGAUGUAAUUCAAUCUUUUAAGAAACCAUCUGAUGUGAUUGCAACUUUAAAUUGGACAACUACCGAUAAAAACAUAUUGACAGACAAACUGGCACAGGCAGAGAUUCCAAGGUCUAUAAAAUUCGUAAAAGAUAUACAUGCUAAAGAUCUCGUUUAUCCAGAGAAGAUAAUUUUUAUGUCAGACGUUAUUGGAGAUUCAGUGGAGUUUUUAUAUAAAGCUGUAACGAAAAAAUAUUUUGGAAGACCUUAUAGAUGGAUUAUAAUCAACAGACCAGCUUUUGAAUUCAACAUACCUCUUGAAAUAGACGACAUGCACAUGCUACCAGAUUCUGAAGUCUAUGUCAUGCAGCUCGUUAAUGAUAGCUACAAGAUAAAUUUGGUAUACAAAAUCACAGCCAACCAUGCCUGGAUAAUCGAGAACUACGGCAACUGGUCAACUAUCUAUGGUCUCUCCAUAUCAGGCCGCGCUAAAGAGGCGUUGGCUAUGAAACGGAGGAACUUGGCUAGAGCAACCAUUGUCACAUCCACGGUUGUCGUUGAUAACGCAACUGUAGAUGAUUUGGAAGCAUUGCGCUACAAGGAAAUAGACUCCAUCGCAAAAUGCGGCUACCACCAACUGGCUGCCCUUUACGAGUUCAUGAACGCGAGCAGAGAGAUCAUUCUGACGAAGGAGUGGGGGUACCGCGUCAAUGGGACGUGGCAUGGCAUGAUCGGACACUUGGUUGAUGGGACGGCAGAGUUGGCAGGAGCCGUGCUAUUCAUAACGAAAGACCGCAUGCCGAUCAUCGAAUACCUCUCCCACCCGAUUGCGAGUGCAGUCAAGUUCAUCUUCCGCGAACCACCGCUCUCCUACCAGAACAACUUGUACCUCCUGCCGUUUCGAGCCUCUGUGUGGUGCUGUAUCGGAUCUUUCGUGGUCGUUCUGAUUGGGGCUAUGUAUGUAAGCGCGUAUUGGGAGGGGAAGAAGUCAGCAGGAGACGAGCACAAACCCGAUGGAACACACGAACCAGUGCUGGUUCCAAAAAUAAGCGAUGUGACGGUUUUCGUGAUGAGCGCUAUUUCUCAGCAAGGAAGCAAUGUGGAGUUAAAGGGAAUGCUAGGUCGCUUCGUGAUUUUCAUCCUAUUCCUAGUAUUUGUGUUCCUCUACACGGCAUAUUCCGCCAGCAUCGUUGUUCUGCUGCAGUCCAGCUCCAACCAAAUACGGACCCUCACGGAUUUGCUCAACUCCAAGCUCGAGCUGGGGGUUGAAGACACGCCGUAUAAUAGGUACUGGUUUAUGAAUGAGAAAGAACCAAUAAGAAGAGCAAUCUAUGAGAAGAAAAUAGCUCCCAGUGGAUCGAAACCCAAGUUCUUUGAUUUGACAGAAGGAGUACUGCAGCUACAAAAGAAACCAUUUGCCCUCAACUGUAACUUGGGAGUGGCUUACAGAGUCAUAGAGAGGUAUUUCUAUGAGCAUGAAAAGUGUGGACUUCAGGAAAUCUCUUACAUACAAGACGACAAUCCAUGGCAGGCAGUUAGAAGAGGGUCACCCUAUAGGGAGAUCUUUAAGAUAGGCCUCCUCCGAAACGCUGAAUUUGGCCUAAACGACCGCACCAACCGUAUCAUGUUCUCCAAGAAACCUGUCUGCUCCGUCCGCGGAGGCAGCUUUGUAUCCGUUUCCCUCGUCGACUGCUACCCUAUUCUCCUUCUACUAAUAUAUGGGAUGAUACUUGGAGUAGUGUUACUGCUUGUGGAGAUUUUACAUCAUCGGAAGAUGUUGUCUUGUAAAAAUAGUAGUCAAAAGCUGCUUGUAGGUACUAGACCUCGGUCUGAAUUUUCUGAUAAUGAGAUAUUUUAA